AUGCAAGACGUGACGGGAAAGGACCUGCUGGGGCGAAGGCCCACUACCUUCGACUAUGCGUGCAUGUCGCUGUUGACCUACCGUGACAUGGACGAGGACGACAUCCGGCAGGACACCAUCAGCGAUGCCAUCGAGAACGACACACGCCUCCCCGCGGAAAAGCUCAAGCUCUCUGUGGAUGCGUGGCACCGCCUCAGGCACGCGGGCUGGGAGGUGCUCGAGCAGUGCCGCUGCGACUCCGGCAUGAUCUGCACCGUCUUCUUCCACUCGGAACGCCAGCAGCUCGUCUUCUCCUACCGUGGCACCCAGCCAAGCAACAUCAAGUCCGUCAAGGCAGACAUCUUCCACGUCAUGCGCGACAGGGCUGGCAUCAUCAACGACGACGCCGUCUCCAUCGCUAAACGCUACGCCAAACACCGCGUCUUCGAAAAGUACAAGUUCUUACAAGUGUCGACGACUGGCCACUCGCUGGGCGCGUGGGAGGCGGAGCUGGUCGUGUUCCAGCUGAAGCUCGAGUUUGCAAUGCACCUGCGCGAGCUGCCAGGUGCGUACGCCCGCAUCUGGGCCGUCACCUUCGAGUCGCCCGGCUCGCGAAGCCUGAUGGAGAGCAAGGAGAACCGCCCUGGCAUGCUGCACAAGACCAACAUCGUGGACACCCUCGACAUCACCGCCUACAUGAGCAAGCCAAACUACAUCAACACAUUCAACCGGCAGGCCGCCACCUGCCUGUACCAGAUCACGGGCGAGGCCAUCGGCAGCGCACGCGGCACCAUCCAGGUCCACGACAUGGCGACCGUCUACGCUGGCAUGCAGGAAGUUGCUCACAGAGCCCCACAUCCUCCGCCGCUGCCUGGCCUGGCCCUAUCGCCCGUGGGCCUCUGGACAGACGUCGUCCAGCGCACAGGACGUCAUUGA